CUCCUGAAGUACCUCACUGCAAAAUGGACCCUAAUUACGCCAAUGGCGCAUAUUACUGUACUGGUAACUGUCUUAAUAAUCUUAACAUUAAACAUCAAAAAUAAUGUUUGGUACUAUAGUAAACAUCAUUUUGCCUCUUACAUGGCCAACUUACAUAAUAGUCCACUACAUUAUCAAAUAGCAGCUUCAUAUUAAAUGCAUAAUUGAAGCAAACAAUUGUUUUGAUUUACAUUAUUCUAAUACAUGUGCACAGUCAUUCUAGUGCCUAAAUGUUGAUGAAACCAAGAAAAAUACAGAAAAUGUUUGCUUUUUUUCCGCCCAUGCAUGGGACGGUUGUUCCCCUGGAGCUCCUGCAAAGUAGAGUCCAUUACUAUAAAUUACAUCAAAACGCCGCUUGUCAGCGUCAUCUGUGUUUCUCUUUUCUCGGUCCAGACCAUGACAACGCAGGUGGCUGUCAUUCUAGCUUGCCUCCUGCUGGCACCGCAUGCAUCCAUGCAGCAGCAGGCUGGCAUCUUGGACUCCGCAUUCAGGAGAGUCUUUCCGCACGGCAAGUCCGAGCUGGUCUUCCUGCUGGAUAGCUCGGACAGCAUCGGCGCCGACGACUUCGGCGUGGAGCUGUUCUUUGUGGAAAGCCUGAUGACGGAGUUCAGCAUCGGCUGGAACGCCACCCAGGUAGCGAUCGUCAGCUACAGCGAGAAUGUGACUCGACACAUCGAUUACAUUUCAGGCGAGUCGGGCAACAAAUGCACUUUCCUGUCGGCCAUGAAAGCCGUGAACUACACGGGUGGCAGCAGCACCGACACGGCCAAAGCCUUGCAGGAGGCCCGAGAGAUACUCGUCCACAGCCGGCCAGAUGUUAAACGAGUGGUCAUCCUACUGAGUGACGGCGUUUCCAACACGGGCGACGACCCGGUGACCGUGGCCAACCUGCUGAAGGCGGGCGGGGUAGAAAUAUUCACCAUCAGCGUCAAAACGCAGCUGGAACGGAUCGCCUCGACCGGUGACCACUACUUCGCCUAUCACAGUUUCGAUGAUUUUGAGAGGCUGGCUUUGCGGGCUCGCCGUGACCCACAUGAAACUAUGUACGACGACUCCGUGAACCAGACUCUGUGUGAUAGUCUCUGCCACCAGCCGUUCCCCGAGGCCGGCUACGGCUGUUGCGAUCUGACCGCUAAGUGCACGUGCUCGCUCGACAGCGGACGUCACGCCUGCGUGUGCGGACCUGGCACGUACGGACGCAACGGCUUCUUGUUGCAAUGCAAACUGUGCCCACGUGGAACUUACAAGUCCACCUACGAGCCCACAGACGGAUGCACCCCGUGCCCGCCUGACUCGACCACAGCCGCUGAGGGCAGCAAACUCCUAGGAGCGUGCUUCUGCAAGGAAGGCUACGAGGGGGAUCCCAUGCGCGGAGAGUCCUGCAGAUAUGAUGUUCCGCCGGAAAUAACUUGUCCAUUCUCAGUGGUCACUGAAGCCGAUCCCGGUCUUUCCUCUGCCGAGGUGAGCUGGGACAUGCCGAUUAUUCAAGAUAACCAGGACGGUACGGACGCCCUGACCCUCACGGUCAGUCCAUCUGGUAUGAAGCCACCCUACCGCUUUGAGAUUGGCUGGGUCGUCAUCACUUACACCGUGACAGACAGCGCCGGCCUCAGCUCAGUCUGCCCCUUCAAAGUGGUAGUUCUCGAUACACAGCCGCCGACAGUGGAAAGCUGUCCUGGGCCAAUUAUUGACAUCACCUCGGGGGAGAAGAUCAAAGCCGUGACGUGGGACGAGCCCCAAUUUGGCGAUAAUUCCAUGCAAGAUCUGCAAAUUGUCAAGUCGCAUGAGCAAGGAGCAAAUCUAAGCUGGGGGACGCACAUUGUGACAUACACGGCUACAGAUUCGGCAAGACUGAGUGCCGAAUGUCGGUUUACGAUUCGCCUUGGACUGGUGACCUGCCCGAUUUUGACGUCUCCUAGAAACGGCCAGAUGUCGCCCUCCCCUUGCAGUAACCAUUCCCAAUCAGUGUGCUCGUUUCAUUGUGACGUCGGCUACGAGCUUGAGGACGCGGCCUCGGCCGAACGCCGAUGUCAGGCCAACGGCCACUGGACAGAAACAAUACAGCAGUGUCGAAAAUCGUUCAAGUCCAAAUUCAAAUGGAAUUAUUGUUCGGCAUUGAUAUUGAUUAUACUGAGACCACUCUUGACGAUGGUGUUGUUCACUUUGACAGAGGUACAGUGUGUGGCCCUGUCGAAGCCCUCCAACGGCUUGAUAUCUUGCCAGAACCAGGAGGCGGGCAAUCUCAACGUCUACGGCACAAUCUGCAGGUUUACAUGUUCAAAUGGGUACAACCCUGCCGGGAGCCGAGAGCGUGUAUGCACAGCAUCCGGAGAGUGGUCUGGAGACGACUUCACCUGCAGAUCCAUCACCUGCCCCAUACUGCCCCCACUUCGCCAUGGCUCCAUUGAGCCCUCGCAGUGCGCCAACAAGCGACGGGUUAAGUUCAUCUGCAUCUUCAAGUGCAAGGAAGGAUUCCGCCGGGUGGGCCCGACCUUCAAGAUGUGCGAAGCCAGCGGCAGUUGGUCAAACCCUGGGGAAGAGGUUGCCUGCGUGGAUGAUGUCCCGCCGGAAAUAACGUGUCCAGCCUCAGUGGUCAAGGAAGCCGAUCCCGGUCUUUCCUCUGCCGAGGUGAGCUGGGACAUGCCGAUUAUUCAAGAUAACCAGGACGGUACGGACGCCCUGACCCUCACGGUCAGUCCAUCUGGUAUGAAGCCACCCCACCGCUUUGAGAUUGGCUCGGUCGUCAUCACUUACACCGUGACAGACAGCGCCGGCCUCAGCUCAGUCUGCCCCUUCAAAGUGGUAGUUCUCGAUACACAGCCGCCGACAGUGGACAGCUGUCCUGUGCCAAUCAUUGACAUCACCUCGGCAGACAAGGUCAAAGCCGUGACGUGGGACGAGCCCCAAUUUGCCGAUAAUUCCAGGCACGAUCUGCAAAUUGUCAAGUCGCAUGAGCAAGGAGCAAAUCUAAGCUGGGGAACGCACAUUGUGACAUACACGGCUACAGACUCGGCAAGACUGAGUGCCGAAUGUCGGUUUACGAUUCGCCUUGGACCUUCCAGUUGUCCGAACUACCCGGACCCGCGUAACGGUGCUAGGGCCUGUGACCAGUGGCUGUUCGGCCAAUUCUGUCGGGUGCACUGCAACCGGGCCUUCGAAUUCACUGAGACACCGGCGAUAUGGUACAUAUGCUCUGGCAGCACGUGGAGAACUUUCCCAACUGGAAGGGCCAUACCCUGGCCAGACUGCUCAGAACGAGCUCCAGCGCACGGAUCCCGACGGGGCAUGUCAUCCCAGUACAUGUACUACGUACGAGACUGCAUUAACUCGGCAACCCAAGGAGCCAUCAAGGCAGCUUUCGUCGAGGACUUCAAGGACAGCAUCUUAGGGAAAAACGGUGGCUGCUUCGCGGAAAACUCCUGCGAGGUCGAGUACGUGACCGUAUAUUGCGGGGAAAUUGACGAGAACACACGGCGAAGGAGGCCCCGAGCGGCCGACCCGGGUGACGAGACAGACUUCGCUAACGUCGUCACUUUGGAUUUCACCGUAACGACUCGAAUACGAUCUGUGGACAAAACGCAACUCGAGAAUCAGUUGGCUAACGCCGUGCGGACCCUGGAUGAAAUCAGCAGGGAUUACGAGCGGCUAGCCCAGGCCGGUCAGCUGCAGCUGGUGGUUGAUAACCAGAUCCUGCCAGUUGUAGAGGACUCGGUCUUGGUCAACCAGAGUGUUCCCCUCUGUCAGAAUGGGUCCGUCGCGUUGGACGGCACUGACUGCAUCAGCUGCGCCGUGGGUUCUUACUUGGACAGCAACAGGCAGGCCUGUCGAGUUUGCGAUGAAGGCACGUAUCAAGACGAGGACGGCCAGGAUCAGUGCAAGUCGUGCCCCUGGGGUACGUGGACUGAGGGGCCCCAGGCUAAGGAUGUCAGCGAAUGCCGCCCGGAGUGCAAACCGGGUACCUACUCGCCGUCCGGGCUGGCUACGUGCUGGCCGUGCACGCGAGGCUUCUUCCAGCCAGGCUUCAAGCAGACUGCCUGCCUGCCGUGCAGGGAGGGUACGACCACGCCGGCAAAGGGAUCCAGAUCAGCGAGCGACUGCCAAGCUGUGUGUGGCCCGGGAACAUUCAGUGCGACCGGUCUGCAGCCGUGUCGGCCUUGCCCUCUGGGUUCGUAUCAGCCAGAUGAGCAACAAACCCACUGCGUGCCUUGUGCCGGCAGCGAGACGACGGCUGUUGACGGUGCGACAUCUGAAGCGGAAUGCAGAGAGAUCGAUGCUUGUGAAUCUGCCCCAUGUGAGAAUGGCGCGCAGUGCACCAGCCACAGGGGCGCAUUCCACUGCCAGUGCGUGACGGGUUUCGCUGGUACUACGUGCGAUACUGAAAUAGACGAGUGCCGGUCUCAACCCUGCCUCUUCAAUGCGACCUGCGUCGAUCAAGUUGGUGGAUUUGACUGUCUCUGCACGCCCGGAUACGAGGGCGCCCUCUGCGGAACGGAAAUCAACGAGUGCUUGUCAGACCCGUGUCAGAAUGAAGCAAAGUGCCAAGAUCAGGUUGCCGGUUUUGACUGUGACUGCGUGGACGGGUUUUGGGGCCCGCUGUGUGAGAACCGGCCGGAUCCCUGCGCCGGACAGGCCUGUCUGAACGAGGGGUUCUGCAUCCCGACGCCCGGCUCGUUCCAGUGCCUCUGCCAGUCUGGCUUCAAGGGACUCCGAUGCGAGACAGAUGUCAACGAAUGCGACCUUCUACCUUGCCAAAAUGGCGCAAGAUGUGAGAACACGCCGGGGGGCUACCAGUGCGCAUGCGUGCCUGGGUUUGAGGGGACUCACUGUGAGGUGAACAUCGACGAGUGUGUACAUCAUUCCUGCGCUAACGGUUCUACCUGCAGUGACGUCAUCGCUGGCUACCAAUGCCUGUGCCCGCCGGGGGUCACGGGACAGUUCUGUGAGACAGAAAUGUCCCAGGAUUUCCUGCUGAAUUUCACCAGUUCCUUGACGUCCGACUUCUCCCUCAUCCGAACCAGACACGCGGAGUUCCAAGAGAUCACGCUGUCCGUGUGGCUCCGGACCACUGAUACCACCAACAUGGGAACACCCAUCUCCUACGCCGCCACGAGACCAGCAAGCAAUUCGUCCGCGGGAGGAGGAGGCGCCGGUACCGGCAGCCGCCUCGUGGACAACGCGCUGACCGUGACGGACUGCUCCUCGCUCCGGGUCUACGUGAACGGACUGGUGAUUUUCACCGAGGUGGCUGUCAACAACGGGCGGUGGCACAGCCUGGCGUUUACCUGGCGCAGAGCAGUCGGCGAUUGGCAUUUGUACGUGAACGGCACGCAAGCAGCCAACGGGACUACCGGACCGAGCACAGAAGCCAUACCGGGCCAGGGCGCAUUCGUCCUGGGUCAGGAACAAGACGCGAUCGGCGGAGCCUUCAGCUCCAGGGAGGCUUAUCUCGGUGAAAUUUACAAGUUGAAUAUCUGGGAUCGUGUUUUGCCCGAGGACGACAUCCAGAACUUAUCCCACUUCUGCCACCAAGAGAAGGGCAACGUGGUGGCAUGGUCAGACUUCCUUGCGGGACUGGAAGGAGGACUGGAGCCUAAACCCACAAACGCGACGGGGGAGGUGCCCGGAUGCGAAUUCUACUGACUUCCGAGAAAUAAAAAGAGGAAGAAUGACAGCGUACUCCAUCAACUAGACUUCGUGUAAAACUACUUACUAGUAAUGGACAUUACACAGUUCAACGGUCAAUUUUCGUUCAGUGUUUGAACUCGCAUAAUGACCGAAUAUUUCAAGAAUGUAGAAAAGAGGUAAUAUGCCACCAAUGUUCUGUCAUUAUUAUUUCGAGAUUAAAAAAGUAAUAUGUAUUUGUGAAACGAGACUUGCUUUUAAACAAAAUUCAACUGGAGAAAAUGCUAACAUUUUGCUUUGGUAAUUUUCGUUAUGCUGCUAGAUAUAAAAUUGUCUCUAUUGUCAUUUUAAACGUUCUAUCAUGAAUUCCCGAGUUUAAAUAUUUUUUAUUUAACACCUGUCAAAACGAUGAUAAUUUCUGUUCACAAAGAGAUCGAAUUUUGAUGAGAACGUGGGUACAGUAUUUGAAAACCAAUUCUGAUAAUUGCCCGGUGUUUAGUCAGAAUUGUUUGUUUUGGAAAAGCAAACACGAAAAUUAUACAUUCACUUUCAGCUGAAUUUGAGUGGGGCACGCAUGUUGAAUACACAGGCUUUGAUCGCUGGACAUGAUGGACGGUUCUGUUUUCGUGACUACAUAAUUAUCACUUUUUUGUUGGUCUUUGAAACUCACUCUACUGUCGGUAUUAAAUGGAAUAUACAACAUUUGCAAACAUAAAAAAAAUACCAAAUUAUUAUGAAAAAUCUUACUGGACUGUAAGUGAAUG